UGCCACCCACCAAUGCCAGUCAGUGCCACCUAUCAGUGCUGCCAAUCAGUGCCACCUAUCAGUGCCAGUCUGUUUCCCCUAUCAGUGCCGCCUAUCAGUGCCCGUCGGUGCUGCCUAUCAGUGCCAUCAGUGCCGCCUAUCAGUGCCCGUCAGUGCUGCCUAUCAGUGCCGUCUAACAGUGCCAGUCAUCAGUGCUGCCUAUCAUUGUCAGUCAGUGCUGCCUAUCAGUUCCGCCUAUCAGUGCCACCUACCAGUGCCUCCUCAUCAGUGCCCAUCAGUGCCACCUGUAUAUCAGUGUCCAUCACUACAGCCUCAUUA